AAUUCAACAGUCAACUAGAUUCUGACUUGUUGUCUUGGAUGUAGUCACUAAAUUGAUAAUUACCGGGCGUUUCUUGAAACAAAGGCGAAACACUCCGUCAUAUGUAAAUCUGCAUUGAGAAGUGACAAGAAGUCGCCCCCGCUGCAGACUGUUUUCCUAUUACCUGUGACCACGUAGGUGCUGACUAAGACACAGCAGACGGAUAUUUUUUGCAGCGCAGCGAGCUGAGCAGCCGCUGCAGGGACACCUGUCCGCGCAACACCUGGCAGACGGGACGGAGGGCGUGCGCAUGCUCCGAUGUCAGGUUGAACCCUCUUAAAGCUCUUGGACCCGCAUCUCCCCGCCAGUGCAGAUCAAGCGCAGCAGCGUCCAGGCCAGGACCCCCCCUCUACAGCUGGAUUAUUACCGCGCUCCGCUCAGAGAUGCCUCGCUCCUUCAUGGUGAAGAGUAAGAAGGCGCACAGCUACCACCAGCCGCGGAGCUCCGAGGAUGACUACAGCCGCCUGGACACCAUACUGGCGCACAUAUGCUCAGAUGCGGACUCUCCUCCGUGUGUGCACUCUGACAAGCUCCCAGAGGACACCGAGCCGUCGGUGGACAGGUACGGCCUCUCUCCAGACUCCCACCUGGCUGACGCUGCUGAUUUCUCGCCGAAGUCCCCGCUCAGCUGCGACAGCCUGUGCGGUCGCUCCACGGACUAUGAGGACUUCUGGAGGCCUCCGUCCCCCUCUGCAUCACCGGUUGAUUCUGAGAAAUCCCUGUCUCCUCUGGUGGAUGAGACCCAGCCCUUCACCGUUCCCUUCCGGCCGUAUGCCUGGAACAGCUACCCGGGGUCAGGGCUGAGGCCCCUGGUGCAGCAGAGCCUCCAUCCCAGCAUGGAGGUGGACAGGGGCCCGGCUGCGAUGGCUUUCAGGAGUGCCCACUCGGCCCUGUACGCAGACCAGACCCUGGGCGAGGAGACCUACGGAGACUACAGGAGGCACGCUGCUGCUCUGCUGUUUCCUGAGGGGGGUCUGCAUGGAAACAGCCACAAUGUGAAGGCCCCGUCUGACCUGCUGUGCUCCAGUCUGAUCCUCAAUGGAGCUUACAAGUGUGUCAAGUGCAGUAAGGUGUUUUCUACCCCGCACGGUCUGGAAGUCCACGUCCGCCGGUCGCACAGUGGCACCAGGCCAUUUGCGUGUGAAAUCUGUGGCAAAACCUUCGGGCACGCAGUCAGCCUGGAGCAACACAAAGCUGUGCACUCUCAGGAAAGAAGCUUCGACUGCAAAAUAUGCGGCAAAAGUUUCAAGAGGUCGUCAACUCUGUCGACGCACCUGCUCAUCCACUCCGACACUCGGCCGUAUCCCUGCCAGUACUGCGGGAAGAGGUUCCACCAGAAGUCAGACAUGAAGAAACACACUUUCAUCCACACAGGUGAGAAGCCACACAAAUGUCAGGUGUGCGGGAAAGCGUUCAGCCAGAGCUCCAACCUCAUCACACACAGCAGGAAACACACCGGAUACAAACCGUUCGGCUGCGACCACUGCGGCAAAGGUUUCCAGAGGAAAGUGGACCUGAGGAGGCACAAAGAGACGCAGCACGGCCUGAAGUGAGGCGACAUUCAGCGCCAGCGCGGCACGAACAGUGACACGAGUCUUUCAGUGAUCACUCCAGAAACGAGUGAAACUUCUGACAAAGACACAGACAGAAGACAUUUGCGCCGUUUUUCCGUCGCGUCUCUUGAGGACGUUUCUCGGAUCAAGAUUCACUUUGAUCCACUUUGAGCUUCAUGAAAACUUAACGUGAAGGCGCAUUGGAAAAAUAUAGAGUUAGCUCAGCCGAGAGGCAGAUUAUUUAUUUAUUUUACCAGGAAAACGUAAACGUCUCACGAAUAAGACUUUAGGUUUAUACGCAAACGACUUCUUCUGCAGGACGUUUUCAGGGUGAAGACGUCGGCAACACUAAAUGUUUCAUCAUCCCACUUCAGAUUGUUCUAAAGGUCCAGAAAACCAGAGAUAAGCUGUGAACUGUCAAACACAACAGGCUGAAGCGUGAUAAAAUCAGUCCACCAUGUGAUAUGAAUCAGCUUCAUUGAAAUAACCGGACAGACCAUAAAUCCAGCAGAGGGGGAAAUCUGCGCUCCUGCGGACGACGCUCUGUUUUCAGUUUGGAGAUGGUGGCAAAACAGCCUCCUCAGACUGUGUGAUUUAAUAAACAGGAGGCCUCGGCCUGACUCACCGAGCUGUUCGCUCCCACUUUUCCAUUUUGCACAUUUUAUUGUCAGAAUGAACUUUUUUCGACCUUCAGGUUAUUUUAUUUUCUGGUUUAUUGGAAUUAAAAAUGCAAUAAAAUCUAAAAGUUUAAAGAUCGAAGAUGACUUCUUUUCCAAAUGAAGGACAUGAGAAUGAUUAAAACGAGUGUCAGUCAGUUUACUGGUCGUUUAACUCAGGUUUUAUCUCAGAUCGGUCUUUUUGACACCUUGGAGCAGCAGCCUGAAUGCCGUCAGGUAUAAUUUAUUAUGCGUUAUAAGAGCCAUGUUGUUAUUCUUUACGUAAACUGUUGUAUUCUACAUUUCUUCCAGCUGUAAAACAGCAGUGUAGCCGAAUAAGGUCUUGGGUUAAUUAAAGGAAAAAGAGCGCACCUUCUCGCUGCUGUGAUUGUGAAUGCCCACAGGCUCCUGUUUGUUUUGACCACUGCAGCCAUGUGUUUGAACCUUCAACAGUCUGAGCAGAUUUAACCGUUAACCAAAUGUUUUUCACCCUCAUGGCUGUUAUUUAAGGAAAAAAAAAAACAAAGGGAAAAAACGAGUUUUGUCAGGCAGCUGGCAGCAGCUGUGAGGGUGGGGUUGAGAUGGAGUUUCACAUAGUUUAUUAUGAUUCUAAUAGGAGUGAUGAGCAGAAAGGGACUUCAGGCAACACUCAAAUAUAUGAAGACACUGACAAUAACGUUCACCAGAUUAUAAUAAAUUAAAGAAAGUGAUAGAAUAUGGAAGUAUAAAGAACAAGAAUGAUUCCCACUCAGUCAUCACUGGAAGUGUUAACUAUUUGAAACUAAAUUAAUGAAGUUGUCAGAAAAACAUUUCACCUCCUACAUCUCUGACCUGAGCAGCAAUAUGAAUAAUUCCUUUCAUCAUCUGAUUCUUUCACUUUCUCGAGGCAAAAGGGGGAAAAAAAAGAGGAACAAUCAGUUAGUCGUCUUCCCUCAACAUUGAUUGAAAUCACUGACUCACAAGGAUUUUCUCUGCCUCACUUCCCCCAAAAUCGUACAACACCCGGGCCUGCGAAAGCACUGAAUAUUUUAAAGGCCGAGGCGAACAGGCGAAAGGAGAGCAGGAAAAGGCGAGCUCGUUUAAAGCGGGACUCACAGCGUGAGCCACAUCACUUAUUCUCCUGCAAUAAAAAUAAACUUCAUGUGCAACAACCUCACACUCCCACUUUGUAAUGCUCGCAUUAAGAUAGAGGGCGUGCAGUUUGUAAAGGAAACUGCUGAGAAAGAUGAUGCCAUCUGAAACGUGUGCACUGUCUGUUCAGCCUCAGCGAUGCUGAUGGCGAAUGAGUUAAGUGGCUUUAACACUCGAGGCAGCCUCAAGCCACAAGCCUGACCUCGACCCAAGUGGGCGACGCCAGGCGUGACGUCUCGCUGCUGUGCAGGACAGGAAGACGUCAGCUGAACUUCUGACAUCCAGACCCUCUCAGAACUUUUCAAGCAGCCAAUCAUUUGCGACUGAUGUUUAACCCAAGUGUUGCAUGAUUCCCUCAAGCACAAUCUCAGACAGAAGCUCCUCCAGCAAAAAAUCUCCAAACGAGCCAUUAGGCUGACCAGAUUUCCUCCAAGGGCACGGGUGGAUUUUUUUUAAAGCAUUACCCCACUGCCCCGAGGCAUAUCAAAUAUGAAUAGAAUACGGCUCAAUCGAUUCGAGUGGGCGAGUAAUCAGAGCAUUGCAGUCUAAGGCUCGAAUCUAGACCUGCAUCUUGGUCCAUAAGUGCUCUGCGCACACAACCACACAUGCAUCCACCCAGAG